AUGGGUACCUUUACCGACGAAGUCUGCCGCCUUGCGAAUGAGAUAUCAGAUUUCCUCGUCCGAACUUUGGGCAUCGUUCUCGGUUCGAUCCUGUUUGUGAUCUUUUCUAUGGCUCUCAGCUUUUACACCGUCUUCGCCGGUUUGUCUAUCAUCGGCUUUCUGGCCUUUGAAGUAGAGGAGUCCGGUCUCAUCAUACCAGUUAUACCUACCUCGUCACCGAACCAGGCGGUGUACGACCCCAUUACUGAUUUCGCGGACUCGUCCAAGAAUGAGAAGAAGAAAGACUUGAGCCCUAAGGCCAAGCGCAGGAAGAUGGCCAAGGCAUUCGUGGCGAAGCACAAGAAGCACUUAGCUAGGCCCAACAACAAGUACUCGAAGAAGUCGACCCGGCUCGCAAAGCAACACCAACAAACCAUGAAGCUCAAGGAGCAGGAAGUUACGGACCUCAAGGAACACGUCGACAAUCUUGUUUCUGAGCUGAAAAGAUCGGAGAACCAUCGGGCUCAACUGCUGCAACUUCUAUCAGCACCAACUGACCGAUACGACAAGAACUUGAAGAUCCCCGGCCGAAUUCCAACCAUGUCUGUGAGACUACCAAUGCCCGACUUUCGCAUCUCCGACGUAAUCAACCGUCGCAAGGCCCAGUCGACUACCCCUUUCAAUAUCACUCUCUACAAGAUGCCAGAGACUGUUGUUCAGUUCAAGGCUACUGUUUCUGUCGCCAAGUCUUCGCCUGCCGCCACCAGGACUACUACUGAUCAGCUCGUCGACCAACCUGUCGCAAAUCCCGUUGCCGAACCGCACUUGGUCUUGUCGCAAACCAAGCCAGCUCCUCCAGCCCCUCCUGCUCAGUCUCUUCACUCGACUCGAGCUCAACUAAAAGCUCCAUCUCCGCUUCCUGAGACCAAGCCGUCACUUGCUCCGGGUUUCCCACCUACUGCUCAGGAUCCUGCUUCACAUUGCCGCAUCUUCCAUGAGCCAACUAAUCCAUCCGUGUGCGCACUGUCUUCGAUCCAGUCUUCACUCCAAUCUUCAGCUCAGUCUUCAACCCCGCCUCGGAUGAAAUCUCUGGUCUUGAUGCUGGCCCGACUUCGCGUUCUUUCAACCGUCAACAUUUCAAUCUCGUCUUCGCCGGUUCGCCCUCCCCGAACGCCGGCUUCUUCAAAGUCUCUGGUUCCGCCCCCGACCCAGCCUGUUGAGACUUUCACCCUCAAAUCUACUCCCCGAAUUAUCAAGCACGCCGAAAAAGCUGUUACAGGUAUACCUGUGCCUCAUCCGUUCGAACCCACCUCGGUUUCGCUGCCUGAGUCUCCGCCACAGUCUCCUCCGCAGGUUCUCUCAACCACGCCCUCACUUAUCCGUCCAAGCUACACGACUGCUACGAAGCAGACUGCUUCCAACAACACCGUUCCCGCUCAGCCCGGCUUCCAGCCGCCUUACCCUGGCGUUGAUAAUAGCCUCGUCGUCAUGGAUGAUCAGAUGGAUGUUGACGAAAGCGAGCAUAAGAGCAAGGAGGAAGACGAUGAGAAAGACAACAUGGAGUUGGACGAUCAGAAAGACGAGAUAGAAUUAGACGACCAGAAAGACAAGAUGGAGUUGGACGACCCGGAGCUCAUUCAAAGUGGUGUCGUCGCUUUACCACAAGUUAACAUCUAUUCGGGGUUCUCAGACACCCCUCCUCGCUCGCAGCAAAGACAGCUUGAGAAAGAUGUCGACAUGGCAGACGCGCUGCCGAAGACCCAAGUACCUAUGGAACACGAUGUCGAGAUGGAAGACGAGCCAACUUCUUCCAGUGCUCCUGUUACUAGAGCCAAUGGCAAAGGUGACAUUGUUGACAUGGAUGUCGACACCAAUAACAAGCAAGACCGGCCAUCUCAGAUGACACAGCCUACGGCCUUUCAGCAGCCUGUGACUUCUCUACCAACCAACUAUAACUCGCAGCCAAGAGCACCGCACCCACAAACAACUAAUGCUGUCAUGGUCGAGAACAAGCCGGAUAUGAGGGCUCCGCCGGCCUCAGAGCCUGAAAAUAAGAAACCGGUAUUCAUCGUUCGACGCAAGCCAGUCGACCCAAUGGUGCAACCGAGGAGGAAGCCUCGACAACCACGUCUGCAAAAGCCACCGCAGCAGCCGAUGACAACUAUGCCGCAGGCUGGAACCCUAUCUACCGUGACCAUAACUGCACCACCGAACCCAAUCAACGGCUCUGCAUCGGAGGGAACAAUCCAUCUUUUCAGGAUGUCUAGGGAUCGAGACAGUCUGACGCCCCUUACCCCAUCGUUCACGACGCACAAGCGGUUGAUUCCAGACCGCCCGGCCCGGAAGCAUAAAUACGAUGAGGUGGUCGCGAUUGAUGAGGAUUAUGACGGAGACGUUGACCUUUCUAUGCCUUUUGAUUGCGACGGACCUCCCCGGAGAAUCCUGCCAUUGCCCACAAGAGCAGUCCAAGCUAUCUCGGCUGUAGACGACGAGGCAAGCCGCCAAAGAGCCCUCGAGACAAAGCGUCGUUGGCUAUUGGUACAGGAGCAGGAAGCCGCCGCUGGACCAGACCCCGCCAUGGAGCAGCACAGGAGCAGGCCGCCGCCCAAGGUGGCGUCAAAGGGAGUCUCCGCCAGAGACGACCGUGUAAUGUUGUUCGGAACGCCCGAGCUGAGGCGAGAAUUGCUCCACAGGCUACAGGCCCUGUGGCCCCUCCUGCCGAAAGCUGAGGUCGACCGAAUACGGUUGAACAACCUGAGGUCAAAGGCGCUCGCGGCAUGGCGCGAGCUCUUGAAACCGACCAACAAAGACCGGCUCCCAGACAAUACCUACAUCCCUAUGGACGUGUUUGAACGCGAAGUGAGUAAAUGGAUGCAGAGAGUCAUCGAUCUGAUGAGCGAACUGAAUGUCGUCUCACAGGCGGGAACCCUUCUGCAAACAUGGGGAGAGUGUGUGGCCCGCCAAGGACACCUCCCUGAACCCCAAGACGAUGCGAAAAUCUAA